AGUGCCACCACUAACGCAUCAGCUGGACUUUGGCAACACUGUUUGGGACGCUAAAUUAAGCUAUUUAUUUGAGAGUAAGUUAUCUACUGCGGAUUUCAAUCCAGGACAACCAUGUCGCCGCCGUCCAGCCCCGCUCCACGCCGGCCGUUCCCCAUGGAUGCCUUGUGCCGCGUGUGCCACAAGGCAUCGCCGCUCUGCCUGUCGCUCUUCAAACAGCUCGACAAUCCAAUUUCCGGCAAACUUGCGACGCUGGCCAGCGUUUUAAGCUACUGCAGCGGUCUGGAGAUCCAAGAGGAGGAGCUCUUCCUCCCCCACCACAUCUGCCCGGGCUGCGUGGCCAAGUUGCAACUCUCGCUGGAGUUCAAGCGGAGUGUCCACCGCAUGGACAGAAUUCUGCGGCAGAGUCAUGCGGACUUUUGCCGCAGCAAAAGGAUCAGCGCGGUGAAUACUAGGCCCAGGCUGUCACCCGAGAUUCCGGAGGACAUUGUACUUGUGCUCGAUGACCAGGAGGUGACUGAGCAUCCAGCAGAAACGGUACGAAAUGAGGAGGAACUCGUGGUCGUAGAAUCAGAUGAGGAGGAAAGCCGGGUGGAAGGGCCAAUUAUACAGGAGGAGAGGCUGGAUAAUGCACUGGAACAGCAAGCAGACUUUCCAGAUGACGAUAUCUGCGAGAUUGUCGACGAUUCGGAUACGGAGCAACGUAGGAGCAGGUUAGGAAGAUCCAAGCCGUCGCUGCAAAGUUCCAUUUGCGGCAAACAACUGCACAGCAAGCGGACCUUUCAGAACCACAUGACGCUACAUAGCCCGCAUCCCGUUCGCCAAGAUGGCAACGUCGACUGCAUUGAAGAAUCCCUCCAAGUAGAGCCCGUAUUGCAGGCCAAUGCUGGCGAAGAUCUCUACGAGAUUGUGGAGAAAACAGCGCAGCCUUCUGCGGCGCAGAGAACUUUUCCGAGUAGGAGCCGGCUGUGGAAACCACUCAAUCCCUGCCUAAAGUGCCAAAUCUGCGGCAAGCAACUAAGCACCAACAACUCCUUCAAGUACCACAUGCAGCUACAUGGCACGGCCAGGCCCUACGUUUGCACGAUCUGCGGAGAGUCCUUCAAGACGCGAAACGCCCACGACGGCCAUGUCACGCUGCACGAUCGAAACAAUCCGAAUCGGUGCCCCACCUGCUUCAAGGUCUUCCGGCAGGCAUCCUCGCUGCGCACACACCUUCUAAUCCACAGCGGAAUCAAGCCAUUCCCGUGCACCAUCUGCGGCAAGAGGCUGACCCAGAAGUCGGGCCAAAAGAAGCACAUGCUCACCCACACGGGCGAGAUGCCGCACGGCUGCGACAUCUGCGGCCGCCGCUUCCGCUUCUCGAGCAACCUGGCUGCCCACAAGCGCUGCCACAGCCAGGAGAAGCCCCACCCGUGCCCGGUGUGCCAGGAGCGCAGCUUCGGCAGCAGGUCCGAGCUCAACCGCCACAUGCUCGUCCACAGCAGCGAGCGACCAUUCGGCUGUGAGCAGUGCGGCAAGUCCUUCAAGCGCCGCAUCUCACUCGGCAUCCACCGCCAGUCGCACAAGGCGGGCAGGCAGCGUCAAGUGGUGGUCCAACUGGAGGAGCAGGACGAGCAUGAGGAGACCUGAAUCUGCACACAAGUCACGACAUUUAGUUUUAGUUCAUUUCGCUUUUAUUUUCGGUACUUUCUCUCGCACAAUAACAAGUUUUAAGUGUUACUAUUGUUACAUACAUAUGUACGCUCUAGGAUAACAUUUGUUGUGUUCCCACCGAAAAUAAAGCGUUUCAUACAUACAUAUAUAUAUAUGGUCAACAAACA